AUGAGGGUUGUUUUACUCGUUGUGCUCGGCUGCUGCCUGUCUGAGGCUAACAUCCUGGGGCAGAGGUUCACUGCUAUCACAUAUAGUCAAGAUGAGCCUGCUGAAGUAGAUAGCUUCACUCUGCUCAGAGAGAUGACGGCUUUUUUGGAUGAUCAGAGAAAUGAGCUGCAACAGACCAGAGAGCAACUGGUACAGCUUCAGAAAGUGCAGGAACAGACAGUUGCUGACAGCCUGAUUGAGGAACUACGGAAACAGGUGGAUGCUCUGAGGAAAGGCUUUACAGACCAUGAAGCCAGGCUCAGAGUUGCUGAGAUGCAGGAAGAGGAACAGAGGAAGCAGGUGCAGCAAGUUGUGCGGCAGUACACCGAACUGGAGGCCAGACUGAACGCCAGUGAUCUGGAGGGCCAAAGCAAACGAGUGGAACAACUCCAGAAGGAAAGUAAAGAGUUGAACGGCAGACUGACAGAGCUGGGAAAUAAGCUUGGAGAUGCGGAUGCAGAAGUAAAGGCACUGCAGGCAGCUGAUCAAGAACUAGAGGCCAGACUGAAUGUCACUGAUGUGCAGGCAGAGACGCAAAGAGCCCUAAUGGCACAAAUACAGAUGGAAAUUAAAGAGUUCGAGUCCAGACUGGAGACUAGUGAGAGUCUAGAGAAGGAGUUGGCCGCCCGGCUGGGAAAUACAGAGACAGAGGUGGAGAUGCUGAAGACUGCUGAUCAAGAGUUCAAGUCCAGAUUAGAAGGCCUGGCUAAGGAAAUGAACACACGCCUUGGAGUCACUGAGACGAAACUGGAGGCACUGGAGAGAAUAAAUAAAGAGCUGGAAGCCAAACUGGAGACAAGUCAUGUUGUGCAAGAGGACCUGAAGAAUAAGGUUAACCAAACAGCUGCUGCAGUAGAAGAGGUGAAAACAACAAUGACCGAAGAUAAAGUGGCUUUCUCAGCUGCUUUGGAAGAGAACCAAAUGCAUCUUGGGCCAUUUAACACUGAGACCACUCUCGUCUACAAGAAAGUCAUCACUAACGUUGGUGACAGCUAUAAUCCCACAACAGGAGUCUUCACAGCACCAGUCAGCGGAGUUUAUCACUUCACCUUCUACUCUCAUGCUAACGGUGGAAACCCUGGCUUUUUACUGUUGUACAAGAACGGCGAGGCAGUUGUGGGCACUGCUGAACACCCAACCACCUCCGAUGUCACUGAUAACGGUUCGAAUGGAGUAGUGCUGCUUCUUCAGAAAGGAGACCAGGUUGAUGUGCACAUGGAAGCCAAGUCCUGGGUCUGGGCAGACAGCAAACGCAACCUCUGUACCUUCACUGGUAUUCUGCUCUACAGUGUGCCCAAUGACGUGCCCAAAGCUAUUCUGUAA